CCUCCUAUCCAAUGAAUGGCGGCGGCGGCGCCGACCGGGGCGGCCGCGGCUUUCCCCUUGAAAUUCAGAAACGCCCCGAGAGCUCGCGGGCGGCCAAUCGAGACCGCCUUUCACUCGCCGAGGCGGAACUCCGCCGCGACAGCCAAUCGGCGCGGCCGCUCCCUCAGGGCGCUCACCGCAGCGGCCGAUGGGCGGCGCUAUCGCCGGCGGGGCCAGGAAGUCGCUGGCGGCGGCGGCGGCGGCCGCUUGGCCGGGUCGGAGGCUGCCGCGCCCGCAGGUCCCCGCCCGCCCGCCAUGAGCAGCCCCCGGGAGGGCGCGGCGGCCGAGGCGCCGGCCUGGAAGCGGGCCCUCCUCGAGCGAAAGCGGGCCAAGCUGGCGGCCGGCAUGGGUCUGGAGCGUGGCCCGGCGCCGCGGCCCGGCGAGGCCCCCGACGGGCGCGAGCCGGGGGCAGUGGUGGCCGAGAGCCUGGGCCCGCUGCGGGAAAACCCCUUCAUGCGCCUGGAGAGCGAGCGCCGGCGGCGGCGGCGGCGGCGGCGGGACGCCUGCGAGCCGGCGGCGGCUUCCCCCUCGGCUCCCGCGGAGCCCCCGGCCUUGUCGCAGCUGCUGCAGCUGUACGGCGCCAUGCCCGGCAUCCGCACCAUCCGCGCCGACAACAUUCUCAUCAUCGAGUCGUGCGACGCGGCCGCGCCCGCGGGGCCUCCCCGGCAAGAGGGCAGUGGAAGAGCAGAAGCCGGAGACGCCCGCGGCGGGACCCCACUGCGGGACCUGCUCUCCCGCGGCGGCGAUCCCGUCACCGAGAUCCGCGCGGCCCAAGUCGUCGUCUACGAACCCGCAGCGCCCCCGCCCGCUGCCAGCCCCGAUUCCGGUCGGGUCAGCCGGCUGCUGCAGAAGUUCGACCGCGCUGCGAAAGGGAAGGGGCGAGGGGGCGAUGCCCCCGCCCUGUCGGUGCCUCCCCCGCCUGGCUCGCGCGCCGCCCGGCCCGCCUCCCCGCCGGUGGUCCCGGGCAGCGGCAGUAAUUUCAUGCAGAAGAUCGGCUCCAACUCGUUUAUGGUGAACCCCCGGGGGCGACCCCCUAGAAUGGGAGCCGCCUCUGGGCUCAGUAAUGGGCUGGUGAAGCCGGCCGACGCUCCCCCUCCGUCUCCCUCCGGGAGUCUCGGUCAGCUUGGGGCCACCACCAUCCCUGAAGCCGUGCCAUCCUCCAGGACGUCCGUGGCUUCGUCUCUGCUGGAAGCCAGGGUAGGGAAGCCAAAGCCCGAGGCUGCCGUUGAGACCUUGCCACAGCCGCUCCCACCGUCCAGUGCCAGUCCGGACAGCCGUGCCUCCGCUGGUCCAGCCCGGCCCACACCGCUCUUCAGCUCCAGGUGCUCCUUUGAGAUCCGCCCAGCGCCCAAGCCUGAUCUAACUGCCAUUCCUGCUCAUGAUGUCCAGGCGCGGGCCUUGGCCAGUCUGCGUCUCAACUCCCGUAACUCUUUUCUUUUUGUGCCCUGUCGGAAAGAGGAGGCCCCCAAUCAGCCUGGACCCCCAGAAGCUCUCUCAUCUUUGCCCGGAGAGGCCCUUCCGGUUGUCCCUGAGAAGCCAGCUGAGGCGCUGGUCCCCGUGACGAACAUCGAUGAGGAUUUAGUAGCGCUGGUGCCCGCAAACAUGGCUCCCUUGAAAGUCUUGAGCCCGAGACUGGAGGGCUUUGAUGUGCCCCGAGAAGGUGCCUUGGCUCUUGAGAGGGAGGAGUCUGCUUUACCCAUGUACCGGCCCCUUUCUGCUGGUUCUGUCCUUCUGUCUCGGAAAAGUACCAGAACCUUCACCGUAGUGCCCCAAAAGAAGCCCCCCGCUGCUGACUCAGAGACCUUCAACAGAGCAUGGCUGUGGGAGGAGGAGGAGGGGGAGGAAGAGGACAGAAGCCAAACUGAAGCCAAGGCAGGAGCCCUCCGCCGGGAAUUGGAGCACGUCAAAAAGCGCUAUCCCACCGUGAAUGAGAUUGAAGUGAUAGGGGGCUACCUCUCUCUGGAUAAGUCCUGCAUGAGCAAAUCAGGUUUUCGGCGCAAAAAGAUGAAGAUAUCUUUCAAUGAGGCCAGCUUGCAAACAAUGUUUGAAUAUCCAUCUGAGAGCUCCUUCAUGGAGGAGGAGGAGGAGGAGGAGGAGGAAUAUGCCACAGAAGUAGAUGAGAAGCUUGCCUUUUUCAUUCCUCGCCCAAGCAGUACCAUGAACUCAAGCACAAUAGACUCAGGUUUGUCGAGUCACACUCCAAAGCACCCCCUAGGCCUCAGCAAGUGGCAGGAGCAGCAGCACGAGACACAGCCUCUGAGCGUCGGAUCCCUUCCACCGGAGACUGACCUGUCGGAUCAGCAAGUCAUGCUCACCCCUGCCGAGAAGAGCCACCUCUCUGAUUUCAGCAGCGAACCUGCACUCUACUUCUAACGAGUCUGGAGUGGAUGCCGAAGAGAGAUGUUCCAGGUACCCCUGCGCCCCCCACCCCCAGGUAUCUGUGGAGGAGCUUUGAGAGACAAAGGCGGCCUGUGAAGCCAAACCUCUCUUCCCUCAUCAGGUAUUGAGACGCCCUGGAGGGCCUCAUGUCCAAAAGCACGUCUUGUUUUGGCAGCGUGAGUUCCUUACCUGCAGCCUUACUGGUCUGAAAAGAAAUGCCCGAAGAGCAACUCCUGAGGUGUCAGAUGCCAGACACUUGGAGUGCUUUUGGGCACUAGGCCGAGCUGCUCCCUCCAGCCAGAUGUGUGAGCUGGCUCAGUGAUGAGCGUGGUGCCAAGCAAGCGAGCCGUGAUUUGGCAGCUGUGACCUAAUGGAAGAUAUUACGCUGGAGUUCACCUUGGGGAAAUCACACUCCGGGCACUUGCAGCAGCAGCCUUUGGGUCGUUCAGCUGGGCAAUUAACGGCAAACGCUGUUGUCUUUAGGAGACUCGUCAAACGAGUGGAUUCUGUGGCUUAAACGUUCCAGCCCUCAAAGGGCCAAUCACAAAUCAGUGCCCUAAUUGGAUGCUGGUAUUUCCGUGACCAAAUCAGGCAGAAGCUGGGCCCUGCAGCAGAUUCUUAUAUGCAUCUUGUGGCAACUGGAAUCCUGUAGAAAGCUGGCAGUUUGUGAUCUUUAGUCUUUCUUGAGCUGAUCCUCGGUGCACACAUUUUCUUUGCCAGAUCCAAAAUUUCGGUAACUUGAGGCUUAAGAGUUCCUGUGUCUGAAUGAAGCUCUAGGCAAGGUGGCCAACCCUUCAUUUGCAGUGCCACUGAGUACCGUUCCACUGCUGGGGGCAUCUUCCCCCGCACAGCUCUUAGAAUCAGGUUUUCCAGGGUGGCACAGUAAAUGACUCUGAAUCCUGGGAGAAUGGAUGGAGGUGACAAUUUUACUUCAGAGGAAGGAUCAGAGAGCCAUGGAGACUCACGGCUCUCUGAUCCUUCCCCUCUGAAGUAAAAUUAUCACCUUUUGCUGCCAUGUUUUCCAGAAAGCAGCUGGUCCGAUCAUCUGGAGGAGGAUUAUGCUGUCUGACUGGCUAGUGCUGCAUUCACAUUGUGGAAACCAGAGCAAACACUAUCUUUAGCGUGUCAGCAGCACUCCCAGCAACAGCAGCAGGUUGUGUGUUUAUGUAUGUGACUCAGCCGCACGGUUAGCCGCCUACGAAAGGACCAAGUUUUAAACCUCCUGGAGAG